AUGGAUAAUCGUAAAGCCUUUCAAACACAUCAGGAGAUUGUAAAUAAGUCAUUUGGUGAACGACAACGGUCAACUUCACUUACAUCAAAGUUGAAGGAUCUCUUUACAAAGAGGAACUGGAAAUCAAAUGAUGGUUCUGUAUCUGUCUCGAACCGGCAAGACCCAGCGUUACUGUCAAACGAAGAAAAAACUAAUUUCAUAUCCACGGAAAGACCUUCUUCCUAUGCGUGGCAGUUCCAGCUGAGUAGUGGUGGUCCGCUGCAGCAAUGUUUCAAGAUUCCUGGUUCUUUCUCCUCAAACCAACCUUUAAAGUACCCAGAAACUCAACAAACAAAAUCACAAAUUGCCGAAAGUGCUCAAAUGAAGGAAAAGGAAAAACACGAGAAGGAGAAGGAGAAGGAGAAGGAGAAGGAGAGGGAAAAGGAGGAGGAUGACAUGGCCAGGAAUCCAAAUGAGAUAUUAUCGAAUUUCUUCAAAAACAAAGGUGAGUCGCAACUUACCGAUAUUGAAUAUGAAGGAGUUAUGUCUUUGAUGUCCAAAUCUAGAUUGGGUACACCUUACAAGAGAACAAAUAUAGAACUAGGCGCUACAGAGCCAGAGAACGGUAUAAAGCGAAGACACUUGAAUGAGGAUUUUUCUCUUUCCCUCUUGAAGAAUGAUACAUCAGUAAUUGGGUCAACGCCCUAUAGACAACAGAUCAUUCGAAUGAAUGGCAAUUCUACAUCAAAUACUCCAAGUUACAGGUCAACUUAUAAAACCAUAUACGACGAUACAUUUGAUAGAUCAUACCAACAUCUACAUAAUAGUACAAUCAGUCACGUACCGAGAAGAGUCUCACUGCGGACCCGAAGACCGGCUCCUUAUAGAAGCAGAAUAAGAGGCUCCCUAAUGCAGAAGACGUCGAAUUUAAAUGACAGAGCAGCUGAUACUUCUAGUAGACCACCAACCAUGACAUUCAACGAAUCAAUAACAUUGCCAAAGAGUUCUGAAAAAAGGGAAAAACCUUUGAGUGAGACGGCAAGGGCAUUGUUGACAAUAUUAGAUGGAGACGAUGCAUCACAAAACUUGGAAAAGAAAGUGGCGACAGAGGAGAAGGAGGAGGAGGAGCAGGGUGAAAAUAGAGAGAAAAAAGUGCGAAAUUCAGAGAAAUUGAAGCUUUUUGAAAAUCCAUAUGCAUCUAAAGGCAGAAAGAGGAAAGAGUACCGCGAUAUUUCUCCUGUGAACGCAAAAACUAUAGAGAGAACCAAGGCAUAUUCUAAAAUUGAAAAGUUGCCAGUGCUGUCAAGGGGGAUAUUUAAUGAUGGCGAGCAAGCAGCAGAGGUGGAAAACUCUGGUUCUGCGGUAAAAAAGUUUAAGUUUGCAAGUAAUACAUCUGGUGACGACAAACUUGCUUCAAACAAGAAAGAAAAAGAGGAUGAACCAAGAAACGGAAUAGAAUCAAAAUUAUUUACCCCUUCUUCCCCCUCUUCUUCUUUUUUUCCAUCAACCGAGUUUAACCCAAAUAAAAACGGGGGAGAUAAUUUUCAAUUUGGGGUUUCAUUUAGGUCUAACGGUGUAGCAAAUACACCAAAAUCAUUGUUUGCCAAUAGCGAGAAAACAGUUAAUGGUGGGUUUGUCCACAAGAAGGAGGAAACAUCAGUAGGAAACAAAAAAUCUUUUGCAUCAAAUUCCGAUGCCCAAAAGUCGGCAACUUUUAAGUUUGGAGACAACACUGCUGGUAUAUCACCUAGUAUGGUAUUUCCAUUUGGAAGUAAUGCAAACAAUCCACUACCACCGCCACCUAGCACUAGCACUAGCACAGCAUUUUCAUUUGGAGACAGGUCUGAUAGUAGUAAGCCUCCUACUAAGGGAUUUGUGUUUGGUAACAAUACUGAAAGUAAAAAGCCUAGUACGACAUUUGCAUUCGGAGACAAGACUUCCAGUAAACCGCCAAGUGCAGUUUUUUCUUUUGGAAAUUCUACAGGUAAGCCACCUAGUACAGCAUUACCUAUUGAGGACAGCAAUGAAAGUAAAAGGGUUAGUAUGGAAAAGUCCACCGGGGAUACUGCUAGUAAGCCUCCCGCUAUCACAUUCUCGUUUGGAAACAAGUCAGAAGACAAACCUCUCACUUCAUCAUUUUCGUUUGGAAACAAGGCAGAAGAGAAACCUCCCACUUCAUCAUUUUCGUUUGGAAACAAGUCAGAAGACAAACCUCCCACUUCAUCAUUUUCGUUUGGAAACAAGGCAGAAGAGAAACCUCCCACUUCAUCAUUUUCGUUUGGAAACAAGUCAGAAGACAAACCUUCUACCCCAGCAUUCUCGUUUGGAAACAAGUCAGAAGACAAACCUUCUACCCCAGCAUUUUCGUUUGGAAACAAGUCAGAUGAAAAACCUCACACUUCAGCAAUCUCGUUUGGAAAUCAAACUGAAAACAAGCCUUCAGCUCUAGAGUUUCCUUCCGGAGACAAAGAUGCUGGAACAAGACCUGCUACGGCUUUUGCUGUUAAAGACAUUACCGAAAACAAAGCUCCUAGUGUGUCAUUUUCUUUUGGAAACAAUAAUGAAAAUAAGACUUCCACCACGCCCUUUUCUUUUGGGAAGAAGAAUGAAAGCACACCUCCAACUACGGCAUUUUCAUUUGUUGGUAGUACUGAAAACAAACCUUCCACUACGUCAUUUAUGUUUGAUAACAAGACCGAAAACAAGCCUGCUACUGGGGCAUUUUCUUUUGGUAACAGUAAGGUUGCAGCGGCAGAUCCGGAACCCAAAUCAAAUUCAACUGAAUCGAGCAACAACGUUCCAUUUUCGAUUGAAACAAAAUCAAACGCUGAUUCUUCAAAGCCAUUCUCCUUUUUGGGGCAACCAUCAGAAACUUUACCCGCGAAUGAAAAGGAAAACUCCACAGUGUCAAAAGUGGAACCACCUAAAAGUCAAUUUCCACUAGAGGACCCCAAUUGCGAGUUUGUUUUGCCUCAACCGAAAGCUAUUGAAGCUGAAAUAGAUAGGGCAGAAGUUGAUAAAUAUAAACCAUUAUUUCCUUUCUAG